GUCAAUAAUUCCUGUCCAGAUGUAGUUAUCUGUAGUUGUUCUCGUACUUUGUAGUUGAGUAAACCUCCUCUAAUAUCUAUACUCUCAUAGCCACCGUCUACUCCCAUCUACUCUCCCUCCACAAAUGAACCAGCAACACCCACCAAAAACAACACUAAUCCUCCACAAUGUACCCGACAAAUGCCUCCUCGGCAUCGACCUCCAGUUCUUCACCUCGACCCUCGACUUCAACGGCAUCAAGGUGAUCCCCGCCGGCGUGCACGUCCUGCACUGGAGUCCUCCGACGCCGUCCGCUGCUACCAGCGGCAUCCUCCCCGCGCGACGCAUUCGUCGUCUUCCUGAUGACGAACAAGAAGAAGCAGCAGUAGCAGAUCAGACGCCUGCAGACGACGACGGGGUGCCGCUGAAUAGCAAGUUCGCGCCGGGCGAGACGGUGAUGAGUAACAUGAACCUGCGGAUGGCCAAGUUCUUUGAAGCCAAGGAAGGCAGAGUGAUCCAGAUGGCGUGGAAGGACGAGGUCGAGGAGUUUGUCGAGUCUGACCAGGAUCUUUCUGGCCGAGAUCUGAUUGAUCUCUACUCCCAUCUACUGCCAUACCCGGACUCGACUCCCCCCUACAGCGAUCUCACAUCCCUACUCACGCCCGAACUCUUGUCGACUUUCCUUCCUCUCUCGUACGUCGAGAGUAACGUCCCUAUCUCCUCAAUCACCGCCUCCUCCGCCGACUCGAUCCUCCUAAAUCAAGCCAUCGCCAAAGCCUCCUCCACCUCCUCCUCCUCCUCCUCCUCAAAGCGAGCAUCAUCCACGGACGAAGACAGAGAAUCCUUCAGAUUCCUCGCCUUCGAUCUAAAGCGACAACGCACAUGGCCCGAAGGCGCGACCGGUCGCCAAAUCACGGCCGCCGCUCUUGAUCGCAGCUGGUUCUUAAACGACCUCAUCUCUCGCGAGCGAGAUGGCAACUACAACGCGAUCGUGGCUGAACUCCAACUCUGCUUCCUCCUCCUCGUUCUCCUCGCAAACUACGCCGCCGCCGAACAAUGGAAACGACUGCUCGACCUCCUCUGCUCCUCGCAGUCCGCGCUCUAUACCCACGCUUCUCUCUACCUCUCGCUCCUCGCUACCCUCGAGGCCCAGUUCCAAUGCGUGCCCGAGGUCUACUUCACCGAUCUCCUCGGCGCCCAAUUCGUAAGACGCCAGCUGCGCGCGCUGAGAAAGAGUAUCGCCGACCCGGACUCAUACCCCCCGCCCUCGCUGCCUUCCUCAACCCGCUCCACGCUUCUCACCCACCUCUCCCAAAUCUCGUCGACGCUGUCUGACAAAUUCGCGCUCGAUAUCGAAUCAAGCCAUACCCGCGCCUCAGCCCGCAAGCGCAGGCAAAAGGAAUCCACGCUCGCGGCGCUGUCGGGCGGGUAUUCGUCCGCCUCGUUUGCGAACGGGUUCGAGUCUGUGCAUCAUUAUGGCAGCGAUAGCGAGGAUUACGAUGAUGAUGGGGAGGGUGAAGACGCGAUGGGGAAGAUUGGAGCGGAGUAUGAUUCGGAUGAUGUUGAUGAGGAACGGGGCGAGUUUGCGCCGGUUGUUGUCGAGUUGUAG